AUGUAUAAAAAGCUAUCUAGAUUAGACCAUGAAGAAAUUAAGAAGUUAUUGAAGAAUGCUGACAUUGAAGUUAGCAAAAGAUAUGCGACUAACAAAUCUUCAUUAGCUAAAUACCUCAAUGAUUACAGAGGUGCAGUUACUUACGAGAAAAUCAAUGAUUACAUUAAUAACAAAACAUUUCCUUUAAAUGAUGUUCAGGUUAAUUUAUAUCAUAAACAAGCAGUACCGAAGGAAGUAAGGCAGGAAAUUCAUGAUAUGAUGAAUGUUGAUGUAGGUGAAACGAGAAAGAAGAAAAGCGAUGAAGAAAAGAAAAAUAUAGCUGUAAAGUAUGCAAAAGCAAUUGCACAAUUACGCAAAGCAAACGAAGUUAUUAAAUCUAUAGACGAUAAAGCUCUUGAUGACGAAAAAUGGUUAAAGAAGGAUGAAAAUAAUAAACGCAAAAAUGUUAAAGCAGGAAAUAGAAUCAUAGAUUUUAAUAUUCGUGAACUCAAUGAAGAAAACAGAAAUUACCUACAUGAACGUUUCGGUAAAAUGUUUAUUAGGCUUCUGCAGAAGAUAAAAGUAAAUUCACAGCAAAAAUGGAUGAUUUGUUAUAAACUCGAUGGUAAAUUUACUAAUUCAACAUUGAAUAUCGAGAACAUCGGAGCUUUGCUUCAUCAGUUAAAGCAAGAAAACUUUAUAACAGAGAUUGAAGCAAACGCAGCCGGAAUAAUUGAAAAACAUUAUGAUUUCUUCAUGACAAAUAUUAAGAACCUCGAAGAAAUUAAAAUGUAUGAUUUAACUGAAUAUGAAGGAUUAACGAUGAGCGAUAUUAAGAAAGGUAAGCCACAGAAGAGAGAAAAAAGAGAUGAAAGUAAAUUAACAGCACGUCAGCAAAGAUUAUUAAACAGACUUAAAGAAAUAGGAGAUAAACAGGAUAUAGAUGAUUUUUGGAAUGAAAUUCUUGAUGAAAAGAGAACGAAUAAAAAGAGAAGUGGUGAGUUUUGGAAGUAUCUUUGCAGAUUACCUAUAAAUCUUGAACGCUAUCAAAUUUUCAAUGAACUUAACAAAAGAACUGCUAAGUUGAUGACAGAAGAUAACUGCUUCGUUUAUGCUUGCAUUCAGGCUGGAGUUGA